GGGCGCCCGCCGGACUCUGCGGUUCUCCCCGCCUCCUCCGGGCGCCCAGUCCGUCGGUCCUCGGGAGAUGCCGCUGCAGUUGCGCACGCCGCCGCGGGUCCGGCCGCUGCACAGUCUUAGCGCCCGGCUGUCGGAGGGCGCACCCGAAACGGGCCAUGCAGCCUGAGGCGGCGUUGCAGGCCGUGCUACUAACCGUGCUGCUGGCGGGUCCGAGAGGCGCCCCUGGGCGCCUGCUGAGCGCCUCGGACAUGGACCCCAGAGGAGGACAGUUGGUGUGCCGGGGAGGGACACAGAGGCCUUGUUAUAAAGUCAUUUACUUCCAUGAUGCUUCUCGAAGACUGAACUUUGAGGAAGCUAAAGAAGCCUGCAGGAGGGAUAGCGGCCAGCUGGUCAGCAUCGAGUCUGAAGAUGAACAGAGACUGAUAGAAAAGUUCAUUGAAAACCUCUUGGCAUCUGAUGGUGAUUUCUGGAUUGGACUCAGGAGGCAGGAAGAGAAACAAAACAACAGAACAGCCUGCCAAGACCUUUAUUCUUGGACUGAUGGCAGCUCAUCAAAAUUUAGGAACUGGUACGUGGACGAGCCUUCCUGCGGCAGCGAGGUCUGUGUGGUUAUGUACCAUCAGCCAUCGGCACCUGCUGGCAUCGGGGGUCCCUACAUGUUCCAGUGGAAUGACGACCGGUGCAACAUGAAGAACAAUUUCAUUUGCAAAUAUUCUGAUGAGAAACCAACACCUCCUUCUACAAGGCUGGGAGGUGCAGCAACAGAGCCAGCUACGCCCAUACUUCCAGAAGAAGCGCAGAAAGAAGAUGCCAAAGAAACAUUUAAAGAAAGUAAAGAAGCUGCCUUGAAUCUUGCCUAUGUCCUAAUCCCCAGCGUUCCCCUCCUCCUUCUCCUUGUGGUCACCACAGUUGUAUGUUGGGUUUGGAUCUGUAGAAGGAGAAAACGGGAGCAGCCAGAACCUAACACCAAGGAACACCGCACCAUGUGGCCCGCUCCUCACCAGGAGAACAGCCCAGACCUAGAGGUCUACAACGUCAUCAGAAAACAAAGUGAAGCCGACUUAGCUGAGACCCGGCCAGACCUGAAGAAUAUUUCAUUCCGGGUGUGUUCCGGAGAAGCCACUCCUGAUGAUGUGUCUUGUGACUAUGACAACAUGGCUGUGAACCCAUCAGAAAGCGGGUUCAUGACUCUGGCGAGUGUAGAGAGUGGAUUUGUGACUAAUGACAUUUAUGAGUUCUCCCCGGACAGAAUGGGGAGGAGCAAGGAGUCUGGAUGGGUGGAAAAUGACAUAUACGGGUAUUAGGAUGCAUGGAAAAAAAAGAAAAGAACUUUCAAGAAUGAGAAAGAAAUAAGAAACAAAAUGCUCCUAUUUUCUAUGAGGAAAAUAUUCAGAAGGUCUAUGAAAAUGCUCAGAUCAGCAUGUGACCCCCAGUAGCCCGAGUUCGGGCUGAAUCCUUUAUCCCAGCCUCUCACCUCGCUCAGUCUUGUGAGGAAGCACCUGCCCAAAGCCCAGCACCUAGGAGAGUCUUGAUGAGUGGCAGCUGAUCAUCACUGUCCCUUAGCUGGCAGGGAUAAGUGUGUGACUUUGGAGCUUGGAAAUCGCGUCUCAAAGAUGCAUUUUCCUUGCCCUGAUCUGCAGCACACACUUUAUACCAAAGAGAUGAAACUACACAUCUUUUCAAAGCCCAUGUAUGGUAGCCCCAGGCUGGCCUGCACAACACUGAUUCUCAUAUUUUUUUCUUUUUUUUUUUUUUCAAAGAAUAAAGUUUAAAAAAAAAAAAGCAGAAAGCAGAAUGUUACUCAGUUUCUGUCUACAGCCCGUCCUCUGCAUGUGGCCUCAAGGGACCUUUAUUCCUGACAUCCAAACUUGGAAAUAUACAACUUGGAAAUACUUUAGAAACUAGAAAUAUUCUAGGCUUACUUGUGCUCCCAGCCCUGAUACUGUGCAUUGCUCUGUUUGUGUUUUACAGCAGCAAUAACAAUAUUCCUAGUAAUGGUAAUAAUCCUAUGUCUUGUUUGAAGAAACAGACUAUUUAAAAUACCUUUAGUGUCAGACCCAGAGAAAAGUUUCUUAGCCUUGCACCAAUUAUGUACAUUUAGAAGGUCUGAAAGCCAUUACUUAAAUCACCAGCAACCUCUCUCUCAUCUAAAUAAUCUUAUUAUUUUAUUAUUUUUUAUUCUUAUUAACUUUUGCUCAUGCAUCUCAUUCUUCAAUAACUUAGCAACUUGGCCUCACAUAUGGAACACAAACUAGUCAGAGUUAACUAGGCUGGGUCAGUGCAGUACUGAAUGCAAUGGAAUGUAAUCAGUGCCCAAUUCUCUGCCCUCCUGGGGCAGACAACUGGGUGAGUAACAGAAACAUCAUUUCUGCUGGCUCAGAGAGUGUGUUCUGUGGCAUGAAAAUGUUUCCAGCAAAAAUAGUGAACACUGAGUUGCAAGGACUGGUUCCCAUUUUGUUUCAGACAUCCUGGCUCUGUACUCUGUCCCUCUAUCCCACAGCUCUGGCCUCCACGGGUAGGAAUCCUAUCUGCCCCUUGGCACUGUACCUCCUGCAACCUAUGACAGCAUAGUAAUCAGUAUUUGUGGAAUGGGUGAACAAUGCAGCUUUCAGAUUGAUGGAAAACAGCCUAAAUGUUCCAGCUGAAAGGUUUGCAGGACCUGUUUUACACACUCCCCUGGGUGGAGGAAGCAAUUGAGUAAUCUGAGUUUGAAAAGCACUCCUACUGCUUAGAAAGGAUGCAUAGUGACAAGUCAACAGAAACUGAUGCAUUGUGUUAGCAACUUACUUUGGCUACAUUACUAAACAAAAUGAGGAUCCACUCUUAAUCCAUAGGAGAGUAAGAUUAUAAGCAUAGUGGACUCUUCGAUUUUCAGUGUCUUACCUUUGUCAAGAAUGUGUUAUGUACUCCACAACCCACAGAUCCUAUUCGUACAUGUCUGUACACAGCCGGUCUUAACCCAUAUUUUAAUAACUCAAUUUCUUUUUUGUUCCUUAGCUAUACUAUCCUGAGUUUACCAACUCCAUUCCUCUCUCUAAUAAUUGCACUUCACAUAUUAAACGAAUCUCCAAAUAGUG